GUGAAGAGCCCGUCAAAAGGCUGAAGUCUUUCAGGAGAUGCAUACAAUUCUUCGCUAGCGACCAAAAUAUGUAUAGCAAUUACAACACAAUGGUUUUUUUUCUUCUUUUCUUUUAUAUUAUCAUUUAAAGAAAAUGUAACACGUCGUAGCAGUGUUAAAACUUAAAAGGUUCAAAUCAUGCAACUAAAAUAAUAAAGUUUUUAUAUAUUUUUCAUUGAUCGUGUUCAAAUAUGUUAUGUAGCCAUUUUUUAUUGGGCCUCAUAUAUCAAGUUCAACACUUCAACUCAGAGAAAAAAAAAUCAACACCUCAACCUUCAUGCAAAUAGAGAAAACUAGAAAAAUGGCCAUUAGGAUUCUCUCCUCGAAAUCAUUGUCCCUUCGCUCUGUCUUUACUACCCUUAAUCUCCGUAAGUUUUCUUCUGGUGCUCUACAACACUCAGACCUACUAACGUCGCCCUCGCCGGAUAUCGUGAACGAUGUUUCCCGCGUUCUAAGCGACCACCGCAAUCCCCACGAUGACUUGGAGCAUUCACUGAACUCUUUCUCAACCCAUGUAUCAAUAACCAUGGUCGAACAAGUCCUUAAAAGGUGCAAAAAUCUUGGGUUCUCGGCACACAGGUUCUUUCUUUGGGCUAAAAGAAUUCCAGGUUUCGAACACAGUGUUGAGAGCUAUCACAUUUUGAUUGAUGUCUUGGGAAGUAGCAAGCAAUUUGCAUUGCUGUGGGAUCUUCUUAUAGAUAUGAGAGAGUCCAAGUGUUGUGAGAUUAGUCCUGAGAUUUUCCGGAUUGUUUUUAGAGCAUAUAGUAGAGCUAAUUUGCCUCGUGAUGCCAUCCGGGCAUUUAAUAGAAUGGUUGAGUUUGGAAUUAAGCCGGAGGUUGAUGAUCUUGAUCAGCUUUUGUAUACUUUAUGCAAAAGGAAGCAUGUCAAGCAUGCCCAUGAGUUUUUUGAUAAAGUUAAAGGUGGGUUUGAGCCGAAUGCGAAAACUUAUAGCAUUUUGAUACGGGGUUGGGGUGAUGUUGGUGACGGAGGUGAGGCUCGCAAGCUGUUUGAUGAAAUGCUUGAAAGAAAAUGCUCGCUUGAUGUUCUUGCAUACAAUAGCUACUUGGAGGCCUUGUGCAAAGGAGGGAAUGCUGAUGAAGCUUAUAAGAUUUUUCGUGGUAUGCCAUCAAAAGGAGUUGAACCGGAUGCUUGUACAUACUCAGUCUUCAUCCGGGCAUACUGUGAAGCAAAUGAUAUUCAUUCAGUUUUUCGUGUGCUUGAUAGAAUGAGAAGAUGCAGCCUCUUGCCUAAUGUGUUUACAUGCAAUUGCAUCAUCAAGAAACUGUUGAAAAAUGAAAAGGUAGAAGAGGCUUACCAACUUUUAGAUGAAAUGAUUGAAAAUGGAGUUAGACCAGAUGCUUGGAGUUACAAUGCAGUCCUUGCUUUCCAUUGUGAUCAUUGCGAGGUUAACAGAGCUCUCAAGUUAUUAUCUAGAAUGGAAAAUGAUAACUGCAUUCCAGAUCGUCAUAGCUACAAUAUGGUGCUCAAAUUACUGAUCAGGAUAGGGAGAUUUGACAGAAUGGCCACGGUUUGGGAGAAUAUGUCAGUGAAAGGGUUUUAUCCUUCUGCUUCUACAUAUUCUGUCAUGAUUCAUGGUCUCUGCAAGAAGAAAGGUAAGCUAGAGGAGGCUUGUAAGUAUUUUGAGAUGAUGGUCGAUGAAGGAAUACCACCAUACUCAUCUACUGUUGAGAUGUUGAGAAACCGGCUUUUAGGCUUGGGGCUCCUUGAGCAAAUUGAGAUACUUGCCUGUAAAAUGGAACGAAGUACUUCUUGCUCAAUACAAGAGUUUGCAAACGACAUGAGAGGUAAUAGGCCCUUUAAAGCGUCAAGAAGUGAAGAAAGUGAGUUUGACAGUGACUGAAGAUCAUAGGUUUGAAUGAAGUGUAUCGUUCUAGGAAGAUGAUUUUCAUGAAACAAACAACAAUUUGGCUUUGUUGAACUGUCUAGGAUGGUUCCCCAAUCCAUAUGUAGGUUUACAUGAUUCACUGAAAAAAAUAAUACAGCAUUUCGAGUUUUAAGCUGUGUUACUAAGUUUGACAACUUGACAAGAAGCAAUGGUUUUAAUAAACACCCUUGUUGUCUAAUGUUGGAUUAUUGGUUAAGAAGGGUGAACUCUUCAUAAGUAAUUAAUUCCCAACCACUAGACUGAUUUUUUUUUAGAAUUGGAUAAUAUUGACAUUGGUCAUUUCUAUCUCAGAUUUUGAAAGUUGAGACAAUUAAUAAAUUACUGUCAGACUUC